AGCGGCGUGGCCCCGCCCCUCCGGGUUGCUAGGGGAAGUGACGUCACAGCGCGAUGGCGGCGGCUCCUUUAGGCAGCUGAAGGGAGACUUAGGCCCGGAAGAUCCGAGUCCAUCCGCGGCGGGGAGAAGGCAAGCGGGGCCGGCAGGGGCCGGAGCAGCGGCGGCGGCGCUCGGACUGUCCCAUCCGCCCCGUAUUGAGGCGCUGGGAGCGGCGGGGCGGCCGGAAAGCGAUGGUGAAAGCGGGGCCGUGAGGGGGGCGGAGCCGGACCGGACCCGCAGUAGCGGCAGCAGCGGCGCCGCCUCCCGGAGCGCAGACCCAGGAAGCGGCCGGGCGGGCAGGAGCGAGCCGUAUCGCCGUCAUGGAGUUGAGGGUCGGGAACAGGUACCGGCUGGGCCGCAAGAUCGGCAGCGGCUCCUUCGGAGACAUCUAUCUCGGUACGGAUAUUGCUGCAGGAGAAGAGGUUGCCAUCAAGCUUGAAUGUGUCAAAACCAAACACCCUCAGCUCCACAUUGAGAGCAAAAUCUACAAAAUGAUGCAAGGAGGAGUGGGCAUCCCUACCAUCAGAUGGUGUGGGGCCGAGGGGGACUACAACGUCAUGGUGAUGGAGCUGCUGGGGCCCAGCCUGGAGGACCUCUUCAACUUCUGCUCCAGGAAGUUCAGUCUCAAAACUGUUCUGCUGCUUGCUGACCAAAUGAUUAGUCGUAUUGAGUACAUUCAUUCAAAGAACUUCAUCCAUCGAGAUGUGAAGCCAGAUAACUUCCUCAUGGGCCUGGGGAAAAAGGGCAACCUGGUCUACAUCAUUGACUUUGGGCUGGCCAAGAAGUACCGGGAUGCGAGGACCCACCAGCACAUUCCGUACCGAGAGAACAAGAACCUCACUGGGACGGCGCGGUACGCCUCCAUCAACACACACCUCGGAAUCGAACAAUCUCGAAGGGACGACCUGGAGUCUCUGGGGUACGUGCUGAUGUACUUCAACCUGGGCUCUCUCCCCUGGCAGGGGCUGAAGGCCGCCACCAAGAGGCAGAAGUAUGAGAGGAUCAGUGAGAAGAAGAUGUCUACUCCCAUCGAAGUGCUGUGCAAAGGCUAUCCCUCUGAGUUUGCCACGUACCUGAACUUUUGCCGCUCCUUGCGCUUUGAUGACAAGCCCGACUACUCCUACCUGAGGCAGCUCUUCAGAAACUUGUUCCACCGCCAGGGCUUCUCCUACGACUAUGUGUUCGACUGGAACAUGCUCAAGUUUGGUGCCAGCCGGGCUGCAGAUGAUGCUGAACGGGAACGCCGGGACCGAGAGGAGCGAUUGAGACACUCCCGGAAUCCAGCCACCCGUGGCCUCCCUUCCACAGCCUCUGGCCGCCUGCGGGGGACCCAGGAAGUGGCUCCCCCAACACCCCUGACCCCUACCUCACACACGGCCAACACCUCUCCUCGGCCUGUCUCUGGCAUGGAACGGGAGCGGAAAGUGAGCAUGCGGCUGCACCGAGGGGCCCCAGUCAACGUCUCCUCGUCAGAUCUCACAGGCCGACAAGAUACCUCUCGCAUGUCCACCUCACAGAAUAGCAUUCCUUUCGAACACCACGGCAAGUAGCUGCUCGUCUCCGCAGAAGGCAGCACUGGAUUCCUGGUCGGGUGGCUUCCAGCGGUCUUCAGUCUGUCGUGCACCGAUGAGACUCUCCUUUUGCUGUGAAGGGCAGACAAUGCAUGGCUGAUCUACUCUGUUACCAAUGGCUUUACUAGUGACACGCCCCCCGGUCUAGACCCGAAAUGUUAACGCCGGGAGCCCUCCAGGCCACUCACCCAGCGAUGCUCAUGGGGAAUCAAAACAAACUAAACAGACAGGCUCUGAGAGCCGCCAUCGCCAGGGGCUGCCGGCGUGGCCCCCACGUGAGCCCGGUUUCCACAGGGCUGGGCAGAAGAGCAGAGUGUGGGAGACUUGCAUAGAGAACCCAACUCCCUGUCAAGAGCCGCAGCUCCUUCCAGUGGUGGCGAACCUGUGCUCCCUGGCGAUCCCACUGCAACUACCAGUCUUCUACUUGGUUAAGACAGUUUUGUAUCAUUUUGCUAAAAAUUACUGGCUUAAAUCUGUGUAAAGAAAUCCGUCUUUUUAUUGUUUCUUUCUUGUCUGUUU